UACACCUCAGCGCGGAUGCGAGUGAGAUAUUUAUCAACACUCAUUUUAUACUCUCAUAACUUUAGCAGCACUGCUCUUAGUUUUUUUUCCUGGAUUGUAUGUGCAAAAUUCAACGCGUUUUUGCAGUGGCUUCUCUCUCCAAAUGGCUUGGAUUAUUUAUCCGCGGUUGCAACGCCAAGGGACUGGGACUGGGGCUGUUUUUUGGCUCUCUGCUUUGAUCACGGUGAUUGUGACAGGUGACUCUGCCGCGCAGGUUUUCGAUAGUUAUGGAUUAUCAUACGCAUUGAGAUCGGAACUGUCAGAGGAUGCUAUAUUGGUGGCCAACAAUGGAAUACGCGUGCCUUUCGGGAGAGCAGUGUUCAUUGAUCCUAUCAAUGAUCUGGUAAUCCAAGUACAACCGGGAGACAGAUGUAGUAUAACGGUUCUGGAUAACGACCCGCUCUCCCAGAGGCCCGGGCAGCUCUCUCCCAAAAAGUUUCCAUGUGAAUUUGGUCCCAAUGACAUAAAGUAUUCUCACUUCGGGUCCAGGAGCCCCCCGCGGGAUAGGGUGAAGCUACAGCUCAGAUAUGACACUCAUACCGACACCAUAAUCAUCCCGUUUAUGAUGGAAGUGGAGGUGAUUUUCACACAGUUGGAAGUGUUAACCAGAAACAUGCCUCUGACUGUUGACAAACUGCUUGGCACUAGUAACCCCAUUGACAGGAAGAUUCUGGAGUUCACCUAUGAUAGAAGUGAACAUCAGUGUAAAAUAACAUCUCUCUCCAGUGGCAGUGCAUUACCCAGGUAUGGAAAACUUGUGGAUGAGGGAAAACUUGGAAAAAUGGUGGACUGUGAUGAAUUUAUUAUAAUGAAUAUCCGCUAUCAGCACACUUUUGCACACAAAUCACCCAAUAGAGAUUAUUUUCCAAUGAUUGUGGAAUUACAAGAUAAAGAGGGUAAUCUGCUGAAGCAGGAGUUUUUCCAGAUUAUGGUGCGUAUAAAGGAUGGAGAGGAGAACACGGCUCCUAAACCCAGCUUCGUGGCCAUGAUGAUGAUGGAGGUGGAUCAGUUUGUGAUGACAGCCAUCACCCCCGACAUGCUGGCUGCCGAGGACAUUGAGUCUAACCCUGACAACCUUAUCUUCAACAUCACCUCCCCCCUCUCCUUCGAGGAGGGGUACAUAGUCAGCACAGAUGACCGGAACCUGCCCAUCACUUCUUUCUACCAGGGAGACCUCAAAGAACUAAAGAUAGCCUACAAGCCUCCGUCUGUGGACUCUGAGACAGAACGUAUCUUCCAGAUAGAGUUUGAGGUGGUGGACACUGAGGGGGCUGUGUCUGACCCGUUCGCCUUCAUGAUUGUAGUGAAGCCUAUGAACACGCUUGCUCCAGUAGUCACCAGGAAUACGGGUCAGCUUCUCUACGAGGGUCAGUCCAGACCACUGUCCAGCUCUCACAACCUAGGGGUCAGUGACGAGGACAACCUGGAUGAUGUCAGGAUCACGGUGGUCGACGGACUGCGACAUGGCCAGCUGACAGUGCUCGGGUCACGCAGGAAGUUCUUCACCCCGGCCGAUCUGGACGGGGGCAUGGUCAUCUACCAGCACGACGGCAGUGACACAUACAGCGACAACAUUAUCUUCCGGAUGACGGACAGGAAGCACGAGGUGGAGUUCCUGUUUCCCCUAACGAUAGUUCCCACGGACGACGAGCCACCCAUUAUCAACGCCAACACAGGGUUAAUUCUCUUCAAGAACCAGAUGAUGCUCAUUUCUCCACUCACACUCAGCGCUGCAGACAUCGACUCUGAGGACUCCACUAUCAAGUUCACCAUAGAGGCCCCGUUCUCAUCUAUAGGGGAGGUGCUGCUGAGGCAGUCAGAGGCCCCAGAGGACCCCUCCACCUGGAGGUUCAACGCUGAGGAUGAGCUGUAUGAGAAAGAGGUUACAGAGUGGCUGCAGCAGGAUAUCACAGACGGGAAGCUGUUCUACAGACACACCGGGCCUCACAGCACUGACACAGUCAUGGACCAGUUUGUAUUCCGGGUCCAGGAUGAUAACGACCCCCCUAACCAAUCAGAACAGAGCUUGUUCAUCAUCAAGGUUCUGCCCGUGGAUGACAUCCCCCCUGAGCUGUAUCCUGGCACCACCCUCCAGAUGACCGUACAUGAGUACCAGCUCACCUACUUCCGUAAGAAGUAUCUCCGCUACACUGACCUGGACUCAGAGGACAGAGAUCUGAAGUACACUGUCACCCAGCCCCCGACAGACACAGACAAGAACAGCCCUGAGGUACUGGGGUCUAUUGUGUUAACAGAGAGUCCAGACAUUGUAGUGACAGAGUUUACUCAGGCUCAGGUUAACCACCAUAAGAUAUCAUACAAACCACCUGACCUGGAGCUGGGGAUCACAGCCCACGUUCUGCAAUUCCAGUACACGGUGGAGGAUACGUCAGGGAAUACUGUCACCGGAACGUUCUCUAUAUUCCUGCAGCCUGUCGACAACAAGCCGCCUCAGAUAACCAACACUGGCUUCACUAUAUUCGAGCGGGGAACGCGCAUAAUCACCAGAGCUGAGCUGGAUACUGUGGACUUAGACACAGACAGUAGCCAGAUCUCCUUCACUCUCACUCAGCCCCCUCAGCAUGGCACGGUCCAGUACACCUUCACCGACCUGACCAAAGGAGACGCGUUCAACCUGUUGGACAUCGCUAACGACAGGAUAUCCUACAUCCACAACGGAGACGAGUCCACCAGCGAUUUCUUCCAGCUGGAUGUCAGUGACGGCGUCCAUGUUGUGACCAUCACCAUCAGGGUUACCGUGAAGCCCAUCGAUGACGAGACCCCGACCAUCAGCCUCCCGGCCGGAACCAUCGGCUCCUACAUUGACGUCCUGGAGAACGGAGCCACUGAGAUCACAAGUAACGUCAUCCAGGGGCGGGACGAGGAUACGGACGACCUCCGUUUGACCUUCAUCCUGGAGGACCCACCGGUUUUCGGGGAGAUCCUGGUGAACGGGGUCCAAUCAGGGAGCUUCACCCAGGCUGACGUCAUCAACGGACUGGUGGUGUAUGCCCACACCAGCGGAGAGAUCGGCCUCACCACUAAUUACGACUACUUUAACCUGACGCUGACAGACAUGUCUGAUGAGUGGACGGUAGGGGGCAACAGGGUCACGGGUGUCAGGGUUCAGAUCACCAUCCUUCCCAUGGACAGCCAGGCUCCAGAGGUGUUCGUAGGCUCACAGUUCACUGUCGUAGAGGGAGAGAAGAAUGUGAUUGAGAUUCUUCACAUUAGUGCUGAUGAUAUUGACACUCCUAAUGACGACCUGCUUUGUACCAUCAUCGUCCAGCCCACGUCAGGCUAUGUGGAGAACAUCUCCCCUGCCCCAGGCUCAGAGAAGUCCAGGUCUGGGACGGCAAUCAGUGCAUUCACCAUCAAGGACAUCAGACAAAACCACAUCUACUACGUCCAAAGCAUCCAUAAGGGAGUGGAGCCGGUCGAGGACAGGUUCACGUUCAGAUGCUCCGACGGCAUCAACUUCUCCGAGAGACAUUUCUUCCCAAUCGCUAUCAUCCCAUCCAACGAUGAGAAGCCGGAGAUCUAUAUGAGGGAGUUUGUCGUCAUGGAAGGGAUGAAUAUCGUCAUCGACACGCCCAUCCUGAACGGAGCAGACGCGGACAUCCCCUCGGACGAACUCACGUUCAUCAUCACCAGACAACCCAAGCACGGCUUCAUCCUCAACCAGCUGACAACCGGCACCGUCACAGUCACCAACUUCACCCUGGACCAGAUCAGGGAAGCCUCCAGUAUAGUGUACGAACAUGACGACUCUGAGACCAAGGAGGACAGCUUUGACUUAAUCCUGACGGACGGUAAAUAUACCGUGGAGAAGAGCAUCAUUGUUAUGAUCAUCCCUGUAGAUGAUGAGACACCCAGGAUGGCCAUCAACGACGGUCUGGAGAUAGAGAUAGGAGAUGUUAAAGUGAUCGAUGACAACGUUUUAAAAGCCACUGACCUGGACUCUGAGGAUAGUACUCUGACGUACGUUGUUCGCUAUGGGCCGGGGCAGGGGUUGUUACAGAGGAGAACCCCUUAUGGGACGUUAGAGAACAUCACAGUGGGGAUGAACUUCACCCAGUACCAGGUGGACCAGGCUCUCAUCUUCUAUAUCCACAACGGACAGGAAGGAAUCCGGGACCUUAUCAAGUUUGACGUGACGGACGGGAUCAACCCUCUGAUCGACAGGUACUUCUACGUGACGGUGGGCGGCAUCGACAUGGUGUUCCCUGACGUGGUCAGUAAAGGGGUCUCUCUGAAAGAAGGCGGUAGAGUAACGUUGACCACAGACCUGCUCAGCACCAGCGACCUCAACAGUCCAGAUGAACACCUGGUGUUCACCAUCACCAGAGCCCCACAGAGAGGCCAUCUGGAGUGUACCGACGGGCCCGGCAUGCCCAUCUCCUCCUUUACCCAGCUCCAGCUAGCUGGGAGCAAGGUGUACUACAUCCACACUGCCGAUGAUGAGGUCAAGAUGGACAGCUUUGAGUUCGAGGUCACCGACGGUUACAACCCUGUGUUCCGCACAUUCCGUGUCUCCAUCACCGACGUGGACAACAAGAAACCGGUUCUAACGGUUCACAGCCUGGUGGUUAACGAGGGAGAGAACAAACUCAUCACUCCCUUCGAGCUGACAGCAGAGGACCGCGACACGGCUGACCGCCUCCUGAAGUUCACGGUCACCCAGGUCCCUGUCUACGGUCGCCUCCUCUUCAACAACACCCGUCCUGUCACCUCCUUCACCAAACAGGACCUGAACGAGAACCUCAUCAGCUACAAACACGACGGUACUGAGUCCUCCAAGGAUUCCUUCUCCUUUACCGUGACUGACGGGACGCACACAGACUUCUACGUGUUCCCAGACACCGUGUUCGAGACACGGCGCCCCCAGAUGAUGAAGAUCACGGUCCUGUCAGUGGAUAACGGGGUGCCCCAGAUCGUGGUGAAUAAAGGGGGGCCCACCCUGAGGGUGUUAGAGACGGGUCACCUGGGGUUCCUCAUCACCUCUAAGACUCUUAAGGCAGAGGACAGGGAUAGUCUUCAGCUAUCUGUCACCUUUAAGAUCACCGUGGGACCAGAGCAUGGAUACCUCAUCAACCUGGGUACAGGCAACGCUACCGUCACCACAUUUACUCAAGCUGAAAUAGAUGACAUGAAGAUUUGCUACGUGCUAAGAGACGGUCACAAUGCUACGAGUGACAACUUCUAUUUCUCCAUUGAGGACAAUGGAGGCAACAAGCUGAAGAACCAGGUGUUCAGGCUGAACUGGGCCUGGGUCUCCCUGGAGAAGGAGUACUAUGUUGUGGAUGAGGAGUCCAAGUACCUGGAGGUGGUCCUCAAACGACGAGGUUACCUGGGAGAGACAUCCUUCGUCAGUAUCGGCACCAGAGAUGGUACGGCAGAGAAGGAUAAAGAUUUCCGUGGUAAAGCCCAGAAGCAGGUCCAGUUUAACCCAGGUCAGACCACAGCUACAUGGAGGGUGAGGAUCCUGCAGGAUGGAGUGUACGAGCAGUCUGAGACCUUCCAGAUUGUUCUGUCAGAACCUGUCAUGGCUGCCCUGGAGUUCCCUGACACAGCCACUGUGAAGAUCCUCGACCCAGCUGAUGAGUCGACAGUGUUUAUCCCGUCUGCAGUCUACUCUAUAGAGGAGGACAUCGGGGAGCUGCUGAUCCCAGUGCGUAGGAGUGGUGACGUCACACAGGAACUCAUGGUCAUCUGCUACACACAGCAAGCCACAGCUACAGGGACCAUCCCCACUACAGUCCUGUCCUACUCUGACUACAUAUCCAGACCUGAGGAACACAACAGUGUCCUGCGCUUCGAUAAGGGCGAGACGGAGAAAUCCUGUCGUGUGGUGAUCAUAGAUGACUCUCUGUAUGAAGAGGAGGAGAGCUUCAACGUUACCCUCAGUAUGCCCAUGGGAGGCCGUCUGGGACAGGAGUACCACACUGCCAGGGUCACCAUCAUACCUGACCUUGACGACGCUCCAGUAUUCUACUUCGGAGAUACAGACUACCUUGUGGAUGAGAGUGAUGGUUAUGUGGAGGUCAAGGUGUGGAGGACAGGCACUGACCUCUCUAAAACAGCUACGGUCACUGUACGCUCCAGGAAAACAGACCCUGUCUCUGCUGAAGCUGGUGUGGACUACGUUGGAAUCAGCAGGAACCUGAACUUUGCCCCGGGGGUCAGCCAGCAGACAUUCAGGGUUACCAUCCUGGAUGACCUGGGUCAGCCGGUGCUGGAGGGGGCCGAGACAUUCGAGCUGGUCCUCCGCAUGCCCAUGAACGGCAUCCUGGGAGAACCAGGGAAGGCUACCAUCCUCAUAAACGACUCCGUCUCCGACCUGCCCAAGGUGCAGUUCCGUGAUGCCAUGUACAUGGGGCAUGAGAACUCAGGUCAGAUCUCAGUCGUGGUGUAUCGUAGUGGAGACAUCAGUUACAGGUCAACGGUCCGCUGUUACACCAGACAGGGCACCGCUCAGGUCAUGAUGGACUUCAACGAACGACCCAACACAGACGCUUCCAUCAUCACCUUCCUACCAGGGGAGGUGGAGAAGCCGUGUGUUCUGUCCCUGGUUGAUGACACGGAGCAUGAGGAGGAGGAGGAGCUGAGGCUGGUGUUGGGGUCGCCCCGCAGUGAGUCUCCGUUCGGAGCGUCCAUCGGGAAACAGAACGAGACUCUGGUCAAGAUCAAGGAUGACUCAGACAAGGCCAUCAUCAAGUUUGGGGAGACUAAGUUCAGUGUGAGUGAGCCUAGCGGGGUAGGUCAGGUGUCCCUGGUGAAGAUCCCAGUGCUGAGGGUAGGAGACACCUCCAAGGUCUCUGUGGUCCGCGUCCACACCAAGGACGGAUCAGCCACCUCCGGAGAGGACUACCAUCCUGUGUCUGAAGACAUUGAGUUCAAGGAGGGUGACACAGAGCACUACAUCGAGGUGGAGAUCUUGUAUGAUGGAGUCAGAGAAAUGAGAGAAGCCUUCACUGUCCACCUGAAACCUGAUGAGAACAUGGUGGCUGAGACGCAGAUGAGUAAGGCCAUUAUCUACAUAGAGGAGACCAACAGCAUGGCGGACGUCACCUUCCCCUCCGUCCCACAGGUGUUCUCCCUACUGCAGUAUGACGACACCUCCAGAUCCAGACACACCCCUCUGGUGGCAGGCUACCCCAUCGUCUGUGUCACGGCUUGUAACCCUAAGUACCCUGACUACGACAAGACUGGCUCCAUCUGCAUCAGCGAGCACAUCAAUGACACGCUGACACGUUACCGAUGGCUGGUCAGCGCUCCAACCAGCCCGGACGGGGUCACCAGCGCCAUGAGAGAGGUGGACUUUAAUACCUUCUUCUCCUCCUCCAAGAUCAUCACCUUGGACUCUGUCUAUUUCCAGGCUGGUUCUAGGGUGCAGUGUGCAGCCCGGGCUGUGAACUCUAACGGAGAUGAGGGCCUGGAACUCAGCAGCUCCAUAGUCUCAAUCAGUAUAGAGGAUGGUAUGUGCCAGCCUCGUGUGGUGGGUACAGUGGGCGCUGAGCCCUUCUCUGCCAAGCUACGCUACACCGGAGCAGAGGACCCAGACCACCCCAACCUCAUCAAGAUCACUGUCACCAUGCCACACAUAGACGGCAUGCUCCCCGUGGUCUCCACCCGUCCUCUGUCUAACUUUGAGCUGACGUUGAGUCCUGAUGGUACUCGCGUGGGGAACCACCGCUGUUCUAACCUGCUGGACUACACCGAGGUCAAGACCCGCCACGGCUUCAUCACCGACGCCACCAAGAACCCUGAGGUGAUCGGGGAGACCUCUCCCUACCAGUACAGCGCCCCCCUGAGGGGAUCCAGCAUACUGCGCUUCUACAGGAACCUCAACCUAGAGGCUUGUCUAUGGGAGUUCACUAGCUACUAUGACAUGUCUGAGCUACUGUCAGACUGUGGAGGGACCAUCGGUACAGACGGACAGGUGUUGAACCUGGUUCAGUCCUAUGUGACCCUCCGGGUGCCCCUCCAUGUCUCCUAUGUGUUCCACUCUCCGGUGGGGGCAGGGGGCUGGCAGCAUUUUGACCUGCAGUCAGAGCUACGACUCACCUUCGUAUACGACACUGCCAUCUUGUGGCGGGACGGCAUCGGCAGCCCUCCUGAGGCUGAGCUACAAGGAGCCCUGUACCCCACCAGUAUGCGUAUCAACGAACAGGGUCGUCUGGUGGUCAACUUCAGAACAGAGGCUCGAUUCAGAGGACUGUUUGUCAUAUCACACUCUGCGUCCUCUCUGUCGUCCAUGGUGAUGUGUGCGGACCACCCUGGGGUGACCUUUAACCUCAGCCUGGUGAGGAGCGAGCCCACCUACAACCAGCCCAUGCAGCAGUGGACCUUCACAUCAGACUUCGCUGUGCGUGACUACUCAGGUACCUACACAGUGAAGAUGCUACCCUGUACCUCUCCCCCCAGUCUGGAGUACUCCCUGCCUCCUGUCUGUAACCCCAGAGAACCUGUCACCUUCCACCUGGACAUACGCUUCCAGCAGGUGAGUGACCCGGUUGCGGCUGAGUUCAGUCUGAACACUCAGAUGUUGCUGCUGUCUAAGAGAACUCUGUGGCUGUCUGAUGGAUCCAUGGGCUUCGGACAGGAGAGUGACACCGCCUUCUCACAAGGUGAUAUGAUCUAUGGCAGAGUGAUGGUGGAUCCAGUCCAGAACCUGGGAGAUUCCUUUAUCUGUAACAUAGAGAAGGUGUUCCUGUGCACCGGUGCAGAUGGAUACGUGCCCAAGUACAACCCCAACAACAAUGAGUAUGGCUGUCUGGCUGAUGCUCCAUCGCUGCUCUACAGAUUCAAGAUCAUCGAUAAGGCCCAGCCAGAGACCCAGGCCAGGUCGUUUGGUAACGUGGGUUUCAGGGUUCUGCUGGCUGUAGACGACCCUCAGGCCCUGGCCCUGGUCAGACAGCCUGGAUCUGAUGGCUUCAGCAUGGACUCUACAGCACUGUUCCAAGUGUCAGCAGGGAGAGAGUGGUUCAUCCACACCAUCUACACUGUCCGCUCCAGAGAGAACGCCAACAGGGGCAUCGGGAAGAGGAGUCUGGAGUACCACACACUCACCCAGCACAGCAGUAUGGCUGCAGGAGGCCACCCCCUGACCCAACACAGCAGCAUGGACAGAGAAACCCAGCAUCAAACUAUGGCUGCAGGAGGAGCGUCACUGCCCCAGUCCCAGUCUCGCUCCAGGCGGUCAGCAAACGGGGUGCCAGACCUGACAGAGGACAUCGGCCUGGAUAACAACCGUGGCACCAACAUUCUCCAUAUCGCCCUAGACCGCAGCCGCCAGCGCCGCACCAGCCCCGACCGGGAGGUCCUCACUCGGGGUGUGGUGCCCAGGGAGCUGAACCAUCCUGCGGAGAGCGAGGAUGGCCUGGUCCUGAUCAUAGGGAUCCUGGUGGGCCUCCUCCUCACCAUCCUCAUCAUCAUCGUCAUAGUGCUAAACGUACGGUCCAGACAGGAGAAGAAGAAGAUGGAGGUUCCCACGGCAACAUCAUGCUCCACUGAGCCCAUGAUGACAUCAGGGUUCACUAGUGGUGGCUUGGACAGCUCAGAGGUCUGACGGACAGACAGACGGACAUCCCUCGACAUGACCACUGAGACAGACAGACUGACAGACGGACGGACAUUCACCACAGAAAAAUAAACACUGACAGAUGUUUUGUUUUUUAAUGUCAUUUUUUGCAAGUGCCUCAUUUUUUUGUACAUUGUGACAUAAAGAGAGGGAGGGGACAACUAAAACAACACAAUCAACAAUGAGAGUUUGGUUCCGUACAAAAACCUACUUGAAACCCUGCUCUGCUGUAGGGGACCAUAGAGGUAAAACAAUCUAUCUAUAUGGGGAGACAGCCCCAACUAGGGCAGUACCUGUAACCUGUUCUGUUCAAGGCACUUGCCAGCGUUCAUUAUUGCUUGAUCCCAAAAAUGUUUAUGAUUUGUCCAAAGGUGCUAAAGCAGCAGAUGACUCUGUCCUGUAGAAUGGAUGGUGGUCCAGUGAGUUGGUAAAAGAACAUGUAGCAGGGCUAUUCAACUCCAGGCCUGUAGGGCAGAAGUACUGCUGAUUUUCUUUUCUACCUGGUAGUUAAUUGAUUGAUUGGCUGAUUGAUUGAUUAAUGUCACUGAUUGGCCAGUGAGUCCCACGAUAUAAUCAGUUCCUGAUUAGAAGGAAACAAUGAAAACCAGAAGUGUUUCAGCCUUCCAGGCCCAGAGGUGAAUACCGGUAUUCAGUAUUCAGUAUGAUCGCAAAAUUGUCUUAGAACUGUCAUAGUUGUUAACGUGUAUGUUUGUUAUCCCGUGUCAAGCCACUGUCAAUGGUCUACUAACACUGGGAAUAUGUCCUACUGUAAUGUCCUACUGUAAUGUCCUACUGUAGCGCUCUGUCAGACCUGGGUUCAAACACUAUUUGAAAUCUUUCAAAUAUAUUUGCUUUAGCCUGCCUGGAGUGCCAGGUGGGACUUUUAUAUUGGUUCCAUUGCAACAGGCAAGCUCAGUUGAUCACAGCUUAAGUAUUUUACAUGAUAUAAAAUAGUAUUUUAACCCAGGUUGGCUCUCUGUACUGAAGUAUGGAGACUGAUUCAUGUUGAAGUUCAACAGGUGCCUAAGAAUCCACUGGAUGUUAUACUGUAGGAUCUGUCCCAAAUGGCACCCUAUUCCCUAUUUUGCACUAUAAGUAGUGCACUAUAUAGGGAAUAGGGUGUCAUUUGGGACGCAUGCUUAGAUUGUCUCUAUCACGUGGUUAUUCUAUGUGAUAUAUAGGACCCCUACUGUACGUGCUAAAGAAACGUUUUCUAUUUGUUUUGUUUUGUAUGUAUAAUGGUUAUCUAUCAUUUGUGCCUGCUUUUGAUAUUGAUUUUGAUUAUAAUUGUUUAAACUUGUAUAAUACUGUGUAAAGCAGGUUUGGGUGAAAUUGUGGGGGAAAAUGUGUCAAAUCUACUGUAGGUAAUUCAGACUUUUCUAUCCAGGGUUCCAAGUUUAUCACACAUUUGUUUUCCGGCGAAUUGUUCUCUCAAUAGUCCCAAAAUCAUGGUUGUAGUGACUUUCUAUGGGUCCAUCCCAAAUGGCACACUAUUCCCUAUUUAGUGCACUACUUUUGAUCAGAGUCCAUAAGGAAUUAGGGUGCCAUAUAGGGAAUAGGGUGCCAUUUUGGACACAUCCUAUAUUAGUGUGGUCCCGUAUUUGAACACAUACAGUACAGCACUGAAUUGAAUGAUCUAAUGAGAAAAUAUACUGUAUAUCCUGUAGGGGAGAGUGGGGUAAGUUGACCCAUAUUUUACAUUCAGCAUCGCUCCUUCA